AUGCCUCCAAAACGUGCCUUGUCUGCGAAGGAGUGGGUCGGUGUCGCGGUGUCUUUGGUCCAAGCUAUUUCACGCUUGGCUGUAGCAGCAGUGGCAGCUAUAUUUCAACGCAGCGAGGGUCCCUCAACCUACUACCGCCACUUCUGCUAUGCGGGGUCACGGAUUCUUACGGGGAGCCUCUCGUCCAGAGCACUAGCUACCCUGAUGACAUCCACGGACGACGGCUAUAAGAAGUUCUGCUCGUCGCGUGGUUGUGCGCCAGACACGGUUGUGCUGGCCGACGGUACUCGAGGCCAUUGGAUUGGGGAUAAGACUGCCGAAAAGGUCAUGUUCUUUUGCCCUGGAGGGGGCUAUGUGGUACCGGCCCUCGAUGUUCACUUCGAGUUGCUCCACCAGACGGUGCAAGAGGCCGAGCGCAAGGGCAACAAAGUGGCUGUUCUUUUACUUUCUUAUGACGUCUCUGUCGACGCUUCAUAUCCCCGCCAACUCCAACAAGCUUGUCAACUACUGGACUACCUCAUUCGCAUUGAAAGCCGCGACCCCUCAAAUAUCAUCCUCGCAGGGGACUCCGCAGGCGCAAACCUCGCCCUUGCCAUCCUCUCGCAUAUCCUCCACCCGCACCCCCUUGUACCUCCACUAACCCUCACUAACCCCUUCCGAGGAGUAGCGCUCCUCUCCCCGUGGGUCACCUUCGACACAAAAAAGACACGGUCGAUGCAGCUGAAUCGGCAAAGAGAUGCUCUAGACGCUGACGUGCUCCACCGCUGGGCCACCCAGUUCCGAGGCUCCGCGCCGACAGAUCCCUACAUGGAGCCGCUCUCGGCGCCAGAGGACUGGUGGCACGGCCUUCCUGCGAGGGAUGUAUUAAUCACCGCUGGGGACGAUGAGAUCUUCCUCGACGAUAUCGAGGAAAUGGGCAGGCGGUUGCAGGCCGUGCACCCGCAGACGAAGAUAUGUGUGCUCGAGGAUGAAUCUCAUAAUCAUAUGGUUCUGGAGCUUACCUUGAAAGAAGAUAAGUCGGAGACGAGACUGGCGUUUGAGAAGUGGGUUUGUUCUGUUCUUGCGGGUUGA